AUGGACACCAUUCCUGAAGUUUUAAUACCUGAAGUCUUGAAAGGUUUAGAAGAUGAGCUCUCACGGUUACGAACGUCGCAAGAAAAAGUUCUUGCAAUCGUCUCCCUCCUUCAUCGUUUCACACCAGAAUCAGCUGGCACUGCUGAGUUGUCGGCCUCUAGGGAUAAUUUUGCGGGAAAUGAAGCAUCAAAUGAAGCACUUUUCCAAGGCAUUGAUAAGUUGGCUCAUAUUCACAACAUCCGAGACGAGUUCGCCAAGAUAAUGCUUGAUCAAUCCCGAAGGACAGCGUCGGCCUAUGACCUGUCCAAACGAAGGGAUCAUGCGAUGUGGGGGCUGCAAGCUUGCCCCCUACUGCUCGAAGGAAUGCCAAAAGAAGCACUGGCCGAUGCAUCGGAAAGAUCCGAUUGGAAACCCGCUUGGAUCGUCGAAGGGCGCCAACCGGAGUUUAUAUCUUCAAGUAGUAGCAAUAAUCGUUCGGUGCAUUACGAGACGAAUGCCAAUCCGCUUGAGAGUAUGAACCUGUGGGGGAACAUGCCUGCUAUCGAUGUCCUGAACAUACGCCAUAAUGAACAGAAGGUCUCUGAAGACAUGGCGAUCGCCUUCAUUGCAUCUGGCGAUCUCCGCGAUGUCGUACGCACCAUCAAUGAAAUGCCGCACGAUUACCCUGGGGAACUUACGGUUGUGCUCAACGACGUCAAUCCAAUGGUGGUGGCGCGAAAUCUCGCACUGUUGCUAGUAUUAGGCAUGGCUGAGAACAAACGUCAAGCAGCGGACAUCGCCGUCCAUCUGUGGUACUCUGCAUUCCUGCCACAUAUGUACCAGCUUCAGCUCCAACUCAUAAUCAGAGAUAUCUUGGAAUCAGUAGAUGCUGAUGGAUCCCUGAAAUGUGACCUUUCUCCCAAGUCGCGAAUAGAAGGCCGUCCAGGACGUGGUACUGUGGGAGUCCUCAUCUCAUGCUUACUUUCUCAGCCAUUGUAUCAAGUAGGUGACGCUCAAAACGAACUUGCUCGCGCACGGCUUUUACACGCGCGAGGGGAUCGACUUCACCGCGAAUACUGGCCACUUGACCCUUCACAUCGCCUGGCAUUUCAUGAAUUUCGCGUCUACGGCUUGUUACUUCCUUUUGGGGCGGCGAAUGCGCAUCUCAACACCCCAAAUCGCCUGCUAUUCUCACCCUCUGGACGAUGGUUGCAGGCCGACAAAGUAAACCCCCUCAGUGGCUGGCAUUUGCCAUCCGUAAUCAAAGUGGGCAAAAAGCAUGGAGCUUUACCGCUGGACAUAUACGGCUGCAUGUAUUUCUAUGUUUCGGAUCAAUUGCGCGAGUUCGCGAGUCGCAUUUCCAGCCUCCGCAUCAAGUUCCAACUCUUCAAUAUGGAUGCGUGCGAGCUCGCUACUGAACUCAGUUCUGGGGCAUUGUCGCGCUAUGGGCUAUCUGCUGACACGCGCUUUGACCGGAUCGACGCGUCUAACUUGAUGGAUCCUCAUUACCUGGGAGUUGCGCCUGUCCUGAAUUCGUGGGGUUCACUCUUGAAGCAGAAUUCGCAUGCAACUCUUCUCGCACAUUUCAUCAACUGGGUAUCCGCUCAGCCGAAAGGAGUACCUGGGAUGCUAGACAUUCCACGCAUCAUCAUGGAAUGUCGUGCAGAUAAACUGAUUCCAGAACCCCCACCUAGGUGUACACGGGAGGUCCUAGAUGAAUAUACCAUGAUGGCUUCUAUUUGCUAUACACAGGCUUUUAAUGCCCGUUACGAAAACUCCAAAGCUUUUAAGGAGUACUUAGAUAGCCAGAAUCUUCCAUCAGUGCUACGCACCUCAGGUCUUCGAGUAAAACGGAAGCACACCAUUGUGCCGCAUCGUCUUGAGGGAUCAUUAAAGUCACCGAGCGCGCUCCCUUCAUUUCCCGAUGCCCAGAGUAUAUACCUACACAUUGCCGUCAGUGAUAAUACGUGGGCGGAGCGUUAUAUGGAACUGGGCAGGGUGUGA